AUGAGUGUAGGACACCACAAACGAGUCGAAAUAUUGGGUGACGAAGCCAGUGGAUUCCACUAUGUCUGCCCAUUUUGCGGUGUCUCCAACCAGUACCACAGGGAGGGCUCCGUCUACGGACACAUCAUCGACCAUCAUCCGGAGUACCGCGAAAGUCCACAGCUACUGGACGACGUUAACCGGCAUUAUGAGCCGAUGAAUCUCCGCUGCCCCCAGAACAACUGUCCGUAUGCUGCUCAUGGCAAUCGCAACUUGCAGGGUCAUAUAAAACGCCAACACCUCCUUCGGGCUCAGGAUGUUGCCUCUCGGUCCUCUAAAGCUGCGAGUGAACCCGAAUUGAAGAAGAAAGCCACCAACAGGGUGGCUCGCCCGGAGGGAAUGUCUGCCCUGGGAACACAAGAUGCAUCGGUUGCCGCACCCCCGAAUACUCGUUCGGCACUUCAGGACGAAGUCAAAGGAGGAAACGGCUCAGCACCUUGGGUAACCUCCGUACGAAGCCAUGAUCACGAAAGCAGUGACGCUGAUGACUACGACGACGACGACGACGAUGAUAAUGGCGACGCUGACGACGAUGGUGAAGACGACGGCGACGACAACGCCGGUACUGAGAGUGUCGGUCAAGCAAAGGAAGAGAACGAGACGGCUAUCACCGACCACCGUACCAUCGCUCCACUGCAUGAGUUACCCAAGCAAGAUGGUCCAAAGCCAGUUCUUCCCGGACGAACAAAGAUUCGAUGCGCGAUAUGCGCUGAAAAAAGGCCAAAUGCUGCUCCGGUCGAGCGGUCGCUCACCUGGCUCCAUCUGCACGUAUUCAGCGAACAUCGAGAAAUGUAUGCAGCUUGGAGGAAAGACAACUCCCAGCCAAAGCCACGUUUUUACCCUAGGAAUGUGAAACGGCAUAUAUUGGUUUAUCACGACCAGGAGGUACUGGAGGAAUGGCUAUCAAGGUUCGAGGGGAAGCCACCGGGUGAUCCUGCACCACUUCUCAGUGUAACUCAGCAUCUGCAAUUGAGACAAUUCUUCGAGACGAGAGUCUCGCGGCAUGCAGCCAAGCGUGGGAUGAAGAUGCCCAUGGAUACAUGCGACGAGAUUGUCCAAGUAAGUCGGGAUGUGUGCCAGGAGCUCCUGGACCACUCCUGCGGGACUAUGAGUCUCGACGAAAGAGUCCAGAUCACCGCCGGUCUGCUCAGGUUCUGGACAAGGACAGCAGCGGCGGCUAUACUCGAGCGCGAUGACUCGUGGGAGGCCGAGUAUACAGCUGCUAUGGACAAGUUCUGGAAGCACAUCGAGAUUGACUACGAAUUCACCGAGGGUGAAGCUCUGUUGCGGAAUGAAGUCCCGCUGCCGCCUAACGAUUGGGCUCAUACCGACAUGUUCCUCCUUGGCAUGGCAUACACCAAAGGCCUCGGUCUGGGCGAGAUGAAAUCUCGACUGUUCAGACACAUAUCCGAGCACAGAGUAGCCAACAUUGGUGCCUUUCUGUAUGCCGCCAUAGACGAUAUCAACAGACGCCUUUCCAAAGACCAGCUUGCAGAUCUUAUGGAGCACGGCGGCAACGUUGGCGAGAUUCAAAAUGUCCCAACUGGUAUGGCAUUUCCCCCUUGCAAGCCCUCUGAAAGGCAGGAGGAACGUCUGUGA